GCCGUGCGCUCAAGCUCGACCGCCUGAAAUCGGGGAAUCGGGCCUCUCCUGGCGCCCUGGCAGCGGUGCGGGGCGUGGCUCCGGGCUGGAUUGGUGACGCCUGGGCCCCCGCGGGCGCCUGCGCAGUGGUCAAGGCCGCGCUCGCGUCGAGGGGCUGCGAGAGUGACCGCGGCUGCUCCACCGCUGAGGCUGCGCCAUGGCGGACGAGGAGCUUGAGGCGCUGAGGAGACAGAGGCUAGCCGAGCUGCAGGCCAAACACGGGGAUCCUGGCGAUGCGGCCCAACAGGAAGCAAAGCACAGGGAAGCAGAAAUGAGAAACAGUAUCUUAGCCCAAGUUCUGGAUCAGUCGGCCCGGGCCAGGUUAAGUAACUUAGCACUUGUAAAGCCUGAAAAAACUAAAGCAGUAGAGAAUUACCUUAUACAGAUGGCAAGAUAUGGACAACUAAGUGAGAAGGUAUCAGAACAAGGUUUAAUAGAAAUCCUUAAAAAAGUAAGCCAACAAACAGAAAAGACGACAACAGUGAAAUUCAACAGAAGAAAAGUAAUGGACUCUGAUGAAGAUGACGAUUAUUGAACUACAAGUGCUCACAGACUAGAACUUAAAGGAACAAUUCUAGGACAGAAGUUAAGAUCUGAUUAUUUACUUUGUUUAUUGUCUAUAUGCCUUUAAAAAAAUAAACUUGUUAUGCAAAAUAAAA